AUGAUCUACUGCGAUGCACCCGAUUCUCUGCUCUACACGGUAUACACUGUCACCAAGACCCCGCAAUCGCUUAUAUUACCCGGAUGGUCCGAAGCGGAUUUCGAAGCCUACGGGUCGUAUCAUGAGAUCAGCCGACCUUAUGUGGCUGAGCUUAUCGUUUUUGUGCCAGAAGGUGCGGGACAAUUCGAUACUCUGUAA